AUCCAGACACAGACCAUGGGCUGCUUAUUGCUAUGGACCUCAAACAGGGCCGACUUGAAAACCCACAGACUUUCUGUAGUCAGCUACGAAAAGCCUACUUCGGAGCAUGCAACGAACCAGGUAUGGAACAGGAUGUCAACUUAAAAACUCUGUUCCUCCGAAACCUACAUGCCAGUUGGAGUUUUCAUCUCAGAGUCCCAGCAUGUCCACGUAACAGAACUACACAAGAGUUACGGAACUUAGCCCACAAAGCUUGCACCAAGCAAAAGACUAUCUGUGAAAAGACUGUGAAAAACACCAAAGUCUCUGUCUCUGAGCACUGCUUGGAGUUAACCCUAGAUGGCGCCCUACAACACCACAGUCACAGACAUUUUUACAGAGAGUCAAUACCGUUCCAAGCCAGCAGAGGGCAACACAAUCGUGCCACGUCUGAGACAGCAGAGAUCCUGAGGGUGCUGAAAGAGCUUCUUUAUAUGAAAACUCGCAAGGAAGACAAGGAAGAUGAACCAGACAUCUUUUGUCUAAGCAUAAGAACUGAAACCAACACCCUGUCUAACUGCCAUCUGUAUGAACCAAGCACCCAGAACACUGCUCGUCAUCCACAGACCACAGAGCUAACUGUCACAUCACAAGGUGACAGCAUCACCCAAGCUCCACAGCUGACAACUGCACACCCUGAACGAGACAGCACAGGUCCUCACACCAGGUACCACAAACACAAGGUACCAGAAAAUGCUGUUUUGACUACCUGCCUUCGCAGCGAGCUACACAAGACCGGUCCUCACCACCCAUCGAUCGUCACACCUGCCCGGAUGCCAACAUUCCGGGGCAGCCUUGUCGAAAAGGGGGUGAGCCGAAAAGGAGUCAACAUGGAAGACCUGAUCGACACAGGAUCAAACCUGACGAUGAUCUGA